CCGGAGGAUCUCUCACACUGAAUCAUAGCUGUCAUCAGGUUGCUACAAGUUGGAGCUACGGCCGUAACACGAGAGGAGAAACUACAGCAUACCGUGCAGCGUGAUAGUGAGUUUUGUUUGUACCGAUGCAGGGACACCAUUAAGCGCUUAGUGAAUUUGUCUGUGUAGCCUCUGGUCAUCUGUCCCGGCUGGCCAAUGCUUCUGCAUCAGUUCAUGAACGGAGCCCUGGACGUCAUGCAUCCCACAUCGCUGCAGAAAGACACCACUUUUACCAAGAUCUUCGUCGGCGGGUUGCCUUACCACACGAACGAUGCCUCACUCAGAAAAUACUUCGAGGCCUUUGGAGACAUUGACGAGGCUGUGGUGAUAACAGACAGACAGACGGGUAAAUCCCGAGGAUACGGCUUUGUAACAAUGACAGACCGAGGAGCAGCUGAGAGAGCCUGCAAGGAUCCCAAUCCCAUCAUCGACGGCAGGAAGGCCAACGUCAACCUGGCCUACUUGGGAGCCAAACCCCGUAGCAUACAGACAGGCAUAUCCAUCGGAGUGCAGCCCAUUCACCCAGCACUCAUCCAGAGGCAGUAUGGGUUGGCCCAGCAGUACGUCUACCCGCAAGCCUUUGUGCAGCCCAGCCUGGUGCUGCCCAGUCAGGUUUCCAGCUCUGUCAGCACCAGCCCCUACCUGGACUACACCGCAGCUUACUCCCAGUACGCCCAGGCCGCCUUUGAGCAGUACCCGUACGCUGCCUCCCCCGCCGGCUUCCUAGGAUACAGCUACGCCACCAGCCCCACAGCCACCACCGGGCCAGCCGCCGCUGCCACAGCCCCAAACACCGUCCACCCCGCCCUCCCCUCCGCCGCCGGCCCAGCCCCGACCUUCCUGCACUACGCCCCACAGCAGCACAUCCAGCCGGACCGCAUGCAGUGAGCUGGGAAGAAAGCAGAGAGGAGAGGGAGAGAGAGAGGGGGGGGGUUGCUACAGGUGGUGGAGAAGAGAGUAGUGGUUGCAGACCUUUUUUGGACAUAGGAUGGCAAAACACCCUAUGGGGGUGACCUUGCUGUCAUCAGCAGGGGAUUUCAGGAAAAAGGGGUGGGACUUUUGCACUAUUCGAUCAGGAUGAGCCCUUUGCUCAUUGGUUAAAGGGUAAAGUGUGUGGGGGGGUUGGAGGACUGUCAAGGUUCAGGUUGAGAAGCUAAACAGCAUAAAGUAUGUGGUCGCUUCCAUGGGCUUCCAGAAGCUGACACUUCAUUUUUUUUAUUAUUAUUAUUGUUAUUAUUAUAAUUAUUAUUAUUAUUAUUAUUGAUGUUAUUAUUAUUAUUAUUUGUAUUGUCCUUUUAUCAUUAAUGUCCUCGUCAAUGUUUGUUCGUAUGCCAUUAUUAUCAAUGUUAUCAUCAUGUUUUUUGUUUUUUUUUGUUUUUUUGGCUCAAUCAGUGGAAGUUUUGUGUCCAUGGUACAUAUUGAUGUUCUGAGAGCUGUCUGGGACAUGUAACACCUCUUUCCUCCCAACUCCAGAGUAUCUGGGUUGGAUAUUGAAGGCCACUGCUGCUUUAAGACACUGGGGGACAGUCCAAGACUUGAGGGGGGGCCAAGGUGAAGACUGCAUAUCCUCCCAGCGUAUCUGUAGUCCCAUCCUUGUGCUCCCCACAGUGAGGUAAAGCAAUGCCCCAUGAACAAACCUCCAGAGGACAACGAGAGAUUUCACCUCACAUAAUGGAAAGAAUACAAGACUGUGGGAGCUCCAUUGUUUUGAGACUGGACUGUGAUGUCAGGACUGCAUCUUUUUUUUUUCUUUUUCUUUUUUUUAGUCUUUUUAAGAGGCCUUAAUAAAAAAAAAUUAAAAAAACAUUAAAUAAAAAAGAGAGAACUACUUUUUUGAAUCUCCUGAUUUUUCAACUGCUCCCCCCACCACAGAACCGAGUGCAGACAGCACUUUUGUAACUGGCCUGACUGUUUUCAGCCGUCAGUCACAUUAAUCUGGCUUACUUGGAUCUUGAUAAUUUCAGAUGGAUGUAGAUAAUCACAUGCAGUAUGCGGGUGGUGGGGACCAAGCUUGUUGUGUAUCUGUGUUAGAAGGUAGCUGACACUGAGCUCGAACACCAGUGUUUCUUUUUUUUUUUUUUCUCACUGAGAUUGUCACAAACUGUUUCUUUCGAAAAAGGACAUUCAUGUACAGCAUUUUAAAAUGUUUUUCAGUCAUCAAGUACAUUUACAAUAUUUAUAUGUAGGUAUUUAUAAAUGGUACUAAGUUAAAAUAGCAUUCUUUUUUUCUUUUUUUUUUUUUUUUUUACUAUGACUAUAGUUGUGGCACUGAUGUAAUUUAAACUACAGAUCCACGGGGGUCGUACACAUGAUCUUUUUGUCCUGUCGCCAUGUCGGUGGAUUUGCCAGGGUGCACAGCGACUACAGCAGACGCCCUUUUGUAGAUCAAUGACUGGUUGCAUCAAGAAUAUUUUUUUUCCAAUAAAAAUGUCUUUUCCAGUCCCUUCAAAGAAGCCGAACCAAAAAAAAAAAAAAGAAAAUAAAGAAUUUGU